CGACAUGGCCCAGCCGGUCCACAGCCUCUACUCAGCCUUUGGCCUCCAGUGCUGCCUCCUCUUCCUUCUGGCUGCUUGGGAGGCAGGUGCUACUGCACUCCAAGAAUAUCAGAAAACUGGUGAACUCUCAACAUCUGAUCAUGUAUUUCCCCUCACUCCAGGCCUUGUUUACAGUAUCCCCUUCGAUCACAUUGUUCUGCAUUCAGGACAAAGACCUCCAGACCUCCCUAAAUCUAUAGAAGUCCAUGAACGAAAACGCCACUGCAACACCACACGCCAUUCCAAGCCCACUGACAAGCCUAUAGACAACUCCAAAACUACAGACCAUAAAAGCUCUACAGAUAAUCAUGAGGCUCCUCCCACUUCUGAAGAAAACUCCGGCAGUCAAGGGAAAGACCCAGUGAUCCGGAACCAACGGUCUGUUGAUUCUGCUGACUCCACUACCACACAUAAAGAAUCAUCUGAAAAAAAACAUAUAACCCCAGCACCCAAGAGAAAAAUAACUUGUCAUAAGUCCUCAGCAGGCAAAUCAACAGUAACAACAAAAUCAGAUAACUCUGGAAGACCUACUGCCUCAUAUAAGGCUACAACUUCCUUCCACAAUUCAGAUGAUUCACAAACCAACCAAAAAAGCACGUCUUCUGAGAAAAUCACAACAGGAACCCCAGAAGAGUCAGAAAAAAAUGAAGAUUACAGAACAACACUUGCCUCAGACAAGAUCCUGAUAAAAACUACAAAAAACAUACAAGAGACUAUAUCAGCCAGUGAGAAGAUCACACAAUCUCUAGCAGACCCUACAGAACAUGGAGAAAAGACAGCCAAUGAGAAGACCACACCUUCCACAGCAGAACCUACAGAACAUGGAGAAAGGACCCCACUAGCCAGUAAGAACACCACACCAUCCCAAACAGAGCAUACAGAACAUGGAGAAAGGACGCCACAGGCCAAUGAGAACACCACACCAUCCCCAGCAGAGCAUACAGGACACGAAGAAAAGGCCCCAGUUGUCAAUGAGAACACCACACCAUCCCUAGGAGAGCCUACAGAACAUGGAGAAAGGACUCCAGUUGUCAAUGAGAACACUAAACCAUCCCUAGCAGAGCCUACAGAACACAGAGAAAGGACACCAUCAGCCAAUGAGAACACUACACCAUCCCCAGUAGAGCAUACAGAACAUGGAGAAAGGACCCCACUGGUCAAUGAGAACACCACACCAUCCCCAGCAGAGCCUACAGAACAUGGAGAAAGGACCCCACUGGCCAAUAAGAACACCACAUCAUCCCCAUUAGAGCAUACAGAACACAGAGAAAGGACACCUGCAGCCAUUGAGAACACCACACCAUUCCCAGCAGAGCCUACAGAACAUGGAGAAAGGACACCGUCGGCCAAUGAGAACACCACACAAUUCCCAGCAGAGCCUACAGAACACGAAGAAAGGACACCAUCAGCCAAUGAGAACACCACACCAUACCCAGCAGAGCAUACGGAACACAGAGAAAGGACACCGUGGGCCAUUGAGAACACCACACCAUACCCAGCAGAGCCUACAGAACAUGGAGAAAGGACACCGUCGGCCAAUGAGAACACCACACCAUCCCCAGCAGAGCCAACAGAACAUGGAGAAAGGAUACCGUCGGCCAAUGAGAACACCACACCAUACCCAGCAGAGCAUACGGAACACGGAGAAAGGACACCGUGGGCCAUUGAGAACACCACACCAUCCCCAGCAGAGCCAACAGAACAUGGAGAAAGGACACUGUCGGCCAAUGAGAACACCACACCAUACCCAGCAGAGCAUACGGAACAUGGAGAAAGGACACCGUCGGCCAAUGAGAACACCACACAAUUCCCAGCAGAGCCUACAGAACACGAAGAAAGGACACCAUCAGCCAGUGAGAACACCACACCAUACCCAGUAGAGCAUACGGAACACGGAGAAAGGACAUCAUUGGCCAAGGAGAACACCACACCAUCCCCAGCAGAGCCUACAGAACAUGGAGAAAGGACCACAUCACCCAGUGACAAGAUCACACCAUCUGCAGCAGAGUCUACAGAACAUACAGAAAGGACUGCAUCAGCCAAUGUGAUCACACCAGCCCCAGCAGAGCCUAUAGAACAUGGAGAAAGGACCACAUUGGCCCAUGAGAAGAGGACACAAGUCACAAUAAAGUCCACAGAACACUCAGAAAAGACCACAUCAACCACAGAGAAAACCACAAAAGCCUCAGAAAAGCCUACACUAUACCCAAAGAAGACCAUAUCCACCAAAGGGAAAAACAUAUCAGUCUCAGAAAAGCCUACAGAAAACCCAGGGAACACCACACUGGCCACUGAGACCACAAAAGCCCCAGUAAAGUCCACAGAAAACCUGGAAAAAACAGCAGCAGUCACAAAGACUAUAAGACCUUCAGUCAAGGUCACAGGAGACAAAUCUAUCACUACUACCUCUUCUCAUCUAAAUAAAACUGAAGUUACUCAUCAGGUGCCCAUCAGUUCUUUUACACUCAUCACAUCUAGAAUGAAGUUGAGUUCUAUCAUAUCAGAAGUCCCAAGCAACGAGAGCUAUCCAUACCACAAUAAAGAUGGCUCACAGAAAGGUAUCCACGCUGGACAGAUAGGGGAGAAUAAUUCAUUCCCUGCAUGGGCCAUAGUUAUUGUGGUCCUGGUGGCUGUGAUUCUCCUCCUGGUGUUCCUUGGCCUGAUCUUCUUGGUCUCCUAUAUGAUGCGGACACGCCGCACACUAACCCAGAACACCCGGGACAAUGACACAGAGGAUGAGGGUGGCCCCAAUUCCUACCCAGUCUACCUGAUGGAGCAGCAGACACUUGGCACGGGCCAGAUCCCUUCCCCACGGUGAUCUUGGAGUAGGCAUCGAGCCCCGG